AUGACUAUGCUGAGGAGUCUCGUGGCAGUUGCCCUGUGCCUGGGGUCCACAUCUGCAGCAACUUUGGGGGCUGUGUCCACUGAGGGUGGGAUGGUGGAAGGGACCAACCACCGACUGGGACUCUUCAGCUCGAUUGAUGUCUUCAAGGGGGUUCCCUUCGCUGCUCCCCCCGGCAGAUUUGAGAAGCCAAAACCUCACCCGGGCUGGGAAGGGGUGUUGAAGGCCACCAAGUACCAGAACAGGUGUCUUCAGGUGACUCUGAUGCAGAUGGGCACUCACGGAAGCGAGAACUGCCUCUACCUCAACAUCUGGGUCCCCCAGGGGCGUACAGUGUCCACUGGCCUGCCAGUCAUGAUCUACAUCUUUGGAGGGGCGUUUCUCCUGGGGGCAUCGAACGACGUCAGCUUCAUGGGAAACUCGCUGUACGACGGCGAGGAGGUCGCCAAAAGGGGCAACGUCAUCGUAGUGACGGUCAACUACCGUGUGGGCACCCUGGGGUUCCUCAGCACCGGAGACGCCAGGGGACCCGGGAACUACGGGCUGUGGGACCAACAUGCGGCCAUCGCCUGGGUCCACCGCAACAUCCGGGCCUUCGGGGGAGACCGGGAAAACAUCACCGUCUUCGGCCAAUCCGCCGGCUCCGUCGGCGUCAGCUUCCAAAUGCUGUCUCCCUAUAACAGGGGCUUGUUCAAGCGAGCUAUCUCCCAGUGCGGGGUGGCUCUGAGCCCCUGGGCCAUGCAGAGGGACCCCCUGGCUUUAGCCCAGAAGGUGGCUGAGAGGGUGGGCUGCCCUACAGGGGAGGAAAUGAUGGCCUGUCUGAAGAUCACAGACCCCGUGGUCCUCACUACGGCAGGCAAGCUGGCCCUGGGGGACAUUGGAAAAGGUCCUGUGGUGUAUCUACUGGAGCUGUCCCCCGUUGUAGACGGGGACUUCAUCCCUGAUCAUCCCAGCAAACUGUUCCACAAUGCUGCGGACAUCGACUACAUUGCUGGCACCAACAGCAUGGACGGCCAUCUUUUUGCCGGCAUGGACAUACCCUCCAUCAAUCAGAAACGCAAUCCCACUUACCCGGAGGAUAUUAAAAUGCUGUUGGCAGGGCUGACAAAAGACAAAGGAGAGGUGGGUGUAAACUCCUCAUUCAGCAUGUACACACAAAGCUGGGUCCCUGAACCUGACCAGGAGACCGUCAAGCGGACCGUGGUGGACAUCGAGACGGACUACCUCUUCCUGGUGCCAACCCAGACAGCCCUCCACCUGCACUCCAGCAAUGCCAAGUAA